GUUGAAUCUCUUUCCUCAUACUAUAGACUAUGCUAUCAUGACCUUCUCCGAACAUGUCCGCCGACCUGUAUGCUGCCUUCAUGGCAGCAGAUGAUGAUCAGUACAAGUCAGGGGGUGUGACCAAAUCAAUCGCCGGGAAUGCCAGUGAAGCCUCUUCUAGCCGCGACCCGAAAGGUCCACAAGGGUCUUCACAGACAUGGGACCCUCCGUCCAGAGUCAGUCCUCAAGCAGAAGCAACGUCUCUUUGGAGAAGAGAUGCCAAUGGAAGUGACGUCCUAUUCGAUGCCGAAGAAUUAGUCAAUGACGACGAGUUUGGCGAUUUUGAGACGGUGAGCACCCCAAGGGCGAACGUGUCCGUGAAUCAUGGCGUUAGCGAGGGCAGCAGCAGCAGCAACACCGACAUUACCAGUUCAAGAGAGCUCGUCCAUGAUCUUCUGGACCCCGACAACGUUGACGUGCCGCCCUCGACUGGGUCCUUAGCCCUCUUCCCUCAUAUCGAAGAAUUGAGGGUUUUCGACGAGAGACGACAACCGGAAUCUACGGCACAAGCCAAAGCAAAUAAACUCGAAUCAGCAUGGGAAGAAGACUGGGAAGACUUGGAACGUAUGCAAUGCCACGAAAGUCUACAACGAGGCCCAAAUGACUCCAGGGAACGUGAUACACAACCGGUUCGGCCUCAAACCACACCCACCGACGAAGACGAAUGGGAAGCCUUCGAGGAUGGUAAGCUCGACCGUCCAGCGCAACAGAUUUCUCCAAAGCCUCCACCUACCACCCUGACCAGGCCUCAACACAAGUCACAGCCAGCGAACGCCGCACCUGCAUUUGAGCGACCGACAAACGUCCCUCCGCCAUCCUCACUGCUUCAAUUGCUUUCUGCGGUCUUCGAGGAAAUCCAACAGCACAAUGCCGCCGACAAGCCAUCAAAGCCAGACUUGGCAGCGAAGGUUCUUGUUGUGUUCCGGACAGCCAGUCGACUUGUAGCUGGACGAUCUCUUCGGUGGAAGCGUGACACUCUCCUGUCUCAGAGCAUGAGAAUAGGCCAAGCGGGAAAGAGCGGAGGCAUGAAAUUGACAUCAAUCAACAAAAGUGAAAAUGCAAAGGAGGAGCGAGACGCUGAAGAAAUGAUUCGCGACUGGAUGACCCACGUUCAUGAGUAUAACAGCAUCAUAGCACAAGCUGGUUUACAGCCUCACCGGAUGAAGAUCUCUUCAUCUCCAAGCUUGAAGACCUUCAAAUAUUCGGGCACGUCUGAAUCGUCGAGACAGUGCGCUUUGUGCGGGCUGAAAAGAACCGAAAGGUUAGUUGAUGUCGAUGUAGACAUGGACGAUAUCUUCGGAGAAUUCUGGACUGAACACUGGGGUCACAAGGAUUGCUAUGACUUUUGGUAUUCGUACAAAGGCUUACUCGGUCAGCGAUGAAGAAUACAGACCGUCUAUACCUACGUAUCCUGGUUCUUUGCAAAAUCAUCAGGUCCUGUGUCAGGUACCCUACCGGUACCUUUCUGCAAUUGAGCCAUCUCCU